AUGACAUCCCUACUCGAAAAAGCCUCGACUUUCUUCUCCUCGCAUAUCCCUCAGUUCCGCUUCCCGAUACAAUCAGGCAAUAAUACCCGGGUUGUUCUUUCUGCAUUGUCGGCGGCGGUAGUGGCGGUUACCCUUCCUCGUGUGUAUCGCGAUUAUCGGACUUUUCUCUCCUAUGGGCCCGGUGGAGUGCCGUAUAACUUGAUCGGAUGGUUUGCGGCUAGUGUGAUUCUUCCGCCGUGGGGGAGGGAGAUGUUCUCGACGGGGGUCUAUGAUGCGAAGAUUGCAGCGGGCGAGACGACGAGCUAUCUCGGUGAUGAAUGGAACAGCAUGAGGAAGAGAGAUCAUCGGCCUGAGGUUGGACCGCAUAUUGUACCGCAGAGACAGAUUACGGAGUUUCCGUCGGAGGAGAUUAAGGAGAAAUUGAAUCGGGACUUCUACGCCUUCGCCAAUCGCAACCAACACCUCGUUGUACUUGCCCCGUCGAAGCUCGAGCUUCACGCCGACGCCCUCUUUCUCGCCGAUGGCCUUCUCCCGACUCCCGCUACGAAGCAGAUGAGGGGCGAGAUUGCGCAUAUCCAUCGGUUGAAGGACUUCUCGCUGCAUUUGACUUUGGCUCCUGCUGACUGCAAGAAAGUGAUUGAAGCUGGUUGGGGGCAACGGCAUAGAUUAUCUGGGGUUCAGGUUCCGAAGGCCCUUUUUGGAGGAAAAGUCAUCUCGCUUCCGUCAGAAUAUGUUUUGAUUUAUGCCCCGCGCACUGAGCAAGAGGCUGCGUUUGUGAUGGAGAUCGUUGAUGCUAGUGUCAAGCAUAUGACUGGGUCUUUGGAGGUUAGGUAG